AUGUCCGAACGCGAUGCUCUGUCUUCCCGAGCGAUUCCUUUCAUGGAGCUCUCGGAUGGUUCCGAUGCUUCAUUGACUGCACCACCUCCACCACUGCCUCACUAUCUGAAUGCUGAGGGAAGAGCAAUGGCUCGUUUUGCCGUCGAGGGCAAUGCUGUCAUCACUGGAGGAGCUGGCACUCUUGCUCUCGCAGCCGCACGAGCACUCCUGGAACAUGGACUGGCCAAUCUCUUCCUCUUCGACCUCUUUUCAACUUUGCAAUCCUCCGCCGCAGCCAUAGAAUCUCUUCAGACAGACUUCCCCACUUCAACUAUCAGCACAAAACCCGUAGACGUCACAGAUGAAGAAUUAGUUAGCCUAGCCUUCUCCUCCGCAGCAGCCGAGAUGGGCUCUCUUGACAUUCUACUCUGUUUCGCAGGCGUUGUGGGUUGUAUACACGCUCUCGAAAUGACACCUGCACAGUGGAGAAAAACCAUUGACAUUAACACCACCGGCAGCUUUUUAUGUGCGCAAGCCGCGGCAAAGGAGAUGCAGAAACAGGGUACUGGAGGCAGCAUUGUGUUUACGGCUAGUAUCAGUGGGAGAAGGGUCAAUUUUCCACAGCCGCAGAGUGCGUAUAAUGUCAGUAAAGCUGCUGUUGUGGCUAUGAAGGAUAGUCUUGCUGCUGAGUGGGCAAGAUAUGGUAUCAGAGUCAACUCUAUGAGUCCGGGAUAUAUGGAUACGGUGUUGAAUGAAGGUGCUGGUUUGGAAGAGGCGAGGAAUAUUUGGGCGAGUAGGAAUCCGAUGGGAAGGAUGGGUGCGGUGGGCGAGCUUGAUGGUGUUGUUGUGUUAUUGUGCUCGAGAGCUGGAAGCUACAUCAAUGGCGCUGACUUUGUAGUUGAUGGCGGUGCCACCGUUUUUUGA